AACAUAAUCCUUAUUCAUCUAAUCAUCUCCUUGACGAGGUUGUCUUCUCCCACGGCGGAUCGUCUGCUACAAUUUGGUGCGAAGUAAACGGAACGAUGGGGGCUGAAACGGAAGAACAGGGAAAGUACGAUGAUGAGAGGCCAAGGGCCGGCCCCAUCACAGAGUCCCAGUUCCUCUCGUGGAAGCGCCAGAAGGAUGCUGCUGCCUCAGCCAGGAAAGCUGAAGCAUCCAGGAAACGUGCAGAGGAUAUUGCGGCAGGAAUAAUCCAAAUGAACGGCCGGGAGCUGUUUCAGCAUGAACCAUGGGUGUUUGAUAACUCACUUUACUGAGGUCGACUUUCAGUCACUCAAAACUGCUCUUGCGUUGGAGGCUGCUUCUGUAAAGGAUUAAUUCGCUCCUGCUUGUAUUGCAUUCCAGUUUAAGGUUUCCUAUCCUGGUUACUUUUUUCUUUGGGUUCCAUAUGUUAGCGAUGUGCUGAUGGUCCUUUAUGCUCAGGCCAAAAAACAUGUUACUUUAUGCUCAGAAUGUACUUUUUUUUUUUUUUGGAUACAGUGCUCAAAAUGUACUUAAGUUCGAAAUACGGGAAUAGGGGAAGGUUGGGCCGUCCUGGAAGGGAAAUGUGCUUGUGGAUUAUGGUCCGUGGAUAUGGCCUUGGUGGAAGACUCGAAUUGGUUGGAUA